AUGUUCAAUAUAACUUUCAACGACGUAAAGAACACAAGCCACGGUAAGGUACAAGAAUGCUGCGAUAGCUUAGACAUUUUCUUCCGCGAUGCCGACAGUGACAUUAUAACGAUCUCAGACACUGUACUUUGCGUUGUUAACGCUAUCUUCAGCAUCGUUGCUGUAUUUUCUAACCUCAUUGUACUCUAUGCCUUGUACAAAGCAACUUCGCUAAAUUCAACGUCAAAGGCUUUAUUAUGCAGUCUUGCUAUUUCGGAUUUGGGCGUUGGUGCGAUUGUUCAGCCGCUGUUUGUAUCAUACAGAUGGAUACAGAUACGAGGCAAUCUCCCGGACGCGUGCACUGUGGGAAUCAUAUCUCACAUUGUUGCUAGCCACCUUUCUGCCGUUUCGUUCAUGACAAUGAUAGCCGUAAGUAUCGACCGGCUCCUCGCUCUACUUCUUCGCGUCCAAUACCAGUCUGCGGUGACACUGAGACGCGUAGUCAUUGUUCUUAUUUUGAUAUGGAUUUCAGGAGGUUUGUGGGCUGAAUCGUGGAGACGCAAUCAAAGCACAUAUUCAAUCAUCAGUAUCAUUUACAUUCCAGUUUGCUUAACAUUAGCCUUCUUUUCCUACCUUAGAAUAUAUCUCCUUCUCCGCAAGCAAGCUUGUAAAAUGGGACGGAAUGUGAACCCGUUAAAAUGCAUAAGAAAGCCAAAUUAUAUGAACUUCUCUCGUUACAAGAAGUCUGUUACUACCAUGUUCUGCCUAUUUUGUGCGUUUCUGGUUUCGUUUCUUCCCUACCUAGCUCAUAAAAUUGCAGUAGCUAUCUCAGGAUGGUCCACUUCAACGUCUGUUCUAUUCAGUGUUGGUCUAACCAUGGUUUUCAUAAAUAGCUCGCUUAAUCCCAUAAUUUACUGUUGGAGAAUAGCAGAGAUAAAGCAAAUAGUUCUUAGAUUAUUAUUCCAGUGUCGGGGAAUCUCGUUAUCCUCGGGUAAAGCCCACGGUAAAGCCCUUUUUCAUUCCAGUAGAAACCAAGUUCAAAUUUUACCACCUGAACCUCGUUAA